UCCAGUUUCUCUGAUUCAACCGACAGAAGCAAAGCAAAGAAGAGCCCGCUGCAAGCUGGUCACAGCCAAUUCAAAUAUUGAGAAGUGAGGGCGCCAUUAUUUUCCCAACGCACGACUUGGAACAGUCCAUAAAAGAACUGUGUGUGAUACAGAGGGGCCACGUCGUCUAACCAGCUGUCCUGCUACCUGAGCGGAGAUGACUGCAGAGGAAGCCGGGGAAGCGGCUUUGGCCAAUGGCAGCCCGCCCGCCAAACGUGGAAGAGGUCGCCCCAAAGGCAAGCCCAACGAGACCAAUCUCAACUUGCUUACCAGGACCAUCCCCCGGGUGCCCAAGGAGGUCCUGCUGUCCAGCGCAGCCUCCACUCCCACCAAGAAGUCGCGUCCGACCGGGCGACCGAAGAAGAGGCCCCGUGGUCGGCCGAGGAAGACUCCGCUGUCCCCGGAGGAGGUCGAGAUCCGGGAGCGGAAGAACAAGUACCGCAAGUGGAAGCCCCUCGGGAGGCCGCGCAUCCACCCCGUAGGGCUCGCCAAAAAGAAGAAGGGCAAGCCGGGACGCCCACGCAAGUAUCCCCAGUCCCCCAGUCGUGCCACCGUCAUGCGUUCACCAACGACAACAACAGCAGAAGGGUCGGAGGUUAAAAGACGACCGGGUAGGCCACUCUGGCUGAACAAACCCCGUGGGACGAAAUUAAGCCAUAAGAAGACUCACACGACUCCUCGUCCUGUAGGGGCAGUGCCACGCAAGAGGGGCCGGCCACCCGGAAGUGGCUAUCUCCAGAAGAUGCAGCAGCAGCAAGACGCAGAUGUCUCUUCGCCUCCGAGAAAGAGAGGCAGGCCACCAGGCAGCAAGACUCCUGAGGUAGAGAAACCCAAGUCGGGCAGGAAAAGGGGCCGGCCAUCGAAGAAGAGGCUCGCAUUUGAGAAGUCUGUAGAAGACGGCGUGGAAGCUGUGGAGGCUGAGGCUGAAGCUGUGGAGGCUGAAGCUGUGGAGGCUGAAGCUGUGGAGGCUGAGGCUGAAGCUGUGGAGGCUGAGGCUGAAGCUGUGCAGGAUGAAGCUGUGGCUGAGCAGGCUGUGGCUGUGGAGGCUGAGCAGGCUGUGGAGGCUGAGCAGGCUGUGGCUGUGGAGGCUGAGCAGGCUGUGGCUGUGGAGGCUGAGCAGGCUAUGGCUGUGGAGGCUGAGCAGGCUGUGGCUGUGGAGGCUGAGCAGGCUAUGGCUGUGGAGGCGGUGACUGUGGAGGCGGUGACUGUGGAGGCAACACCAGCAGCAGGCAGGAAAAGCCGCUCAAAGAGGAAGAAAUGUAGAGGGGCCACGUCGUCUAACCCUGCUAGCGGAGCGGAGAUGACUGCGGAGGAAGCCGGGGAAGCGGCUUUGGCCAAUGGCAGCCCGCCCGCCAAACGCGGAAGAGGUCGCCCCAAAGGCUCGCCCAACAAGACCAAUUUCAACUUGUUUCCCAGGACCAUCACCCGGGUGCCCAAGGUGGUCGAGCUGUUCAGCGCCUCCACUCCCACCAAGAAGUCGCGUCAGCCCGGGCGACCCAAGAAGAAGCUCCCUGGUCGGCCGAGGAAGACUCCGCUGUCCCCGGAGGAGGUCGAGAUCCGGGAGCGGAAGAACAAGCGCCGUAAGUCGAAGCCCCUCGGUAGGCCGCGCAUCCAUCCCGUAGGGCUCGCCAAAAAGAAGAAGGGCAAGCCGGGGCGCCCUGGGCGCCCACGCAAGUAUCCCCAGUCCCCCAGUCGUGCCUCAAAGCCUGCCACCGUCAUGCGUUCACCAACGACGACAACAACCGCAGAAGGGUCGGAGGUUAAAAGAGGACGGGGUAGGCCACCCGGCUCGCCGAACAAACGCCGCGGGACGAAUUUCAGCCAUAAGAAGACUCACACGACUCCUCUUCCUGUAGGGGCAGUGCCACGCAAGAGGGGCCGGCCACCCGGAAGUGGCAAAAUCCAGAAGAGGCAGAAGCAAGACGCAGAUGGCUCUUCGCCUCCGAGAAAGAGAGGCAGGCCACCAGGCAGCAAGACACCUAAGGUAGAGAAACCCAAGUCGGGCAGGAAAAGGGGCAGGCCAUCAGGGUCCUUUGGAAAGAAGAAGAGGCUCGCAUUGGGGAAGUCUGUAGAAGACGGUGUGGAAAUAGAACUAGAAGAGGAGCAGGAAGUGGAGGCGGGACAAGCAACCGCAGCAGCCAAUGGGGACACAGAGUUGGCACCUGUGGAGGACGAUGAGGCAGAACUUGGGGCUGGGGGUGGUGAGGAGGGUGGGGCUGAGGUUGGGGAGGCUGAAGCUGUGGAGGCUGAGGCUGAAGCUGUGGAGGCUGAGGCUGAGGUUGUGGAGGCUGAGGUUGUGGAGGCAACACCACCAGCAGCAGGCAGGAAAAGCGGCUCAAAGAGGAAGAAAUGAGCUUGGGGGUUGAAAGAGGAGAGAAAAAAGCCUAGAAGAGUUGACUUUGCCAACAUUUUUUUUUGUUAAAAGUCAAAUCAAGUUCAACUGUAUAUCUUAUGUUUGUUAUAUUGUCCUCAAAUGUCAGUGCAUAACCUGCAGCAGCUUAUGUCCUAUACUCUAAUGCAGACAGAUUGUAUUGACCUGAUCACGAUGACCAUCCCCUUUGCAAGCAAUUAUAAUGUAGGUUUACUCCAGAGAACAAGAUAUACAAUCUCCAUUACAUUAACUUGUAUUUAGACAUGUGUGAUGACAAGUUGACAUUCAAGAAAUUUAAAUCCAACACCAAAAGCCAGAAUAGACAGAAUAGGAAUUAAGUGUGCCAAAAGUGUUGCGCAAAACGUAAGCUACAGCACCUCUCAGUUUCUGUCAGCUUUGCUGACGGGUACUGUGUUUGUGAAUGUUUUGAAAAUCCCAGUAACAAGAUUUAUUUUAUAUUUAAAAGGAGAAAGAAAUGGUCCUCAAAAACUUAAAGAUAUGAACUGUGAUACAUUUAAGAAGGAAGAUGUUGAGUAGCAGUUGACUCAUUUUAUGUGAAAACAUGUACCCCCUUUUAUGCUGUUUUUGUUUGUCAAUUCUUUUAAAAAAAGUUUUAUUUGAUAUUCUUUGUUGUUCAAGCUAGCGUUGGCCUAUAUUUUUUUAAAGCUUGUUUGUAAGUGCUUGUAAGGUUGCAUUGUAAAGGGAAGCGAUUAAAAAAACAGUAUUUUGGAAACGACCAGCUGAGCAUUUCAAGGAAAAUGAAAAACGAUUUUGUGCUUUGCCCUGACACUCGAAAUUAUUUUCUGUAAAACAAAAAGUGUACAACUAAGUUUACUUCAAUGGAUUAUAUUGUCUUCUCACUAAUCUCAAGAAAUUGCUGGUCAGUGUUGCAAGAGAAUGAAAUGUCAUUGGCUUAAUAAGAUGUGUUUUAGUUCCCUCUAGUGGUAGGUCUAUUGGUGCAGUGUUCAACACUGGUGUGCGUGCUGUUUUGUAGAUAAAUUACGUCCAACUAAAUGGUUCUCACCUCUAAGAAUGUGUUAAGUUUAACUCUUAUUUUGACUAGCAUGUUUAAUUUCUAUAACAACAUAGUGUAUGUGUCAUUUAGUGUUAUAGCCCCUUCAAAUGAAUAAAGUAUAUUUCUGUGUUUAACA